UCAGGCCUCUUGGCGCCUUCCUUGCUUGGGAGGAGCUGGUGGAGGGUCCCUGUCAUCUCCCUUGGCUCACCUGAGGAGACAGUGGUGGUUGCUGUGCUGUGCUGGGGUUACCCCAGCACCAUCCUGCACCCCACUGGGUCACAAACUGCAAGUGAACAAGAAACAGGCUGUUCUUCUGCAGAUGGUCCAUCUGCCCCAUGCUCCUGCCCUCUUCCCUCCCUGCCCCUGGUGCCUGUCGGUGCUCCAUGAUGGUCCCCAACGGCCUCUCUCCUCCCAAGGUUUUUGUGGAAAGGGCCAAUCUGAGCCUGGUGCAGCGGCGGCUGAAGCUGAAGGGUUUCCGGGAUGCCUACCCCCGCUUCCCCCCCAUCCAGUCCAUCCACGUCUCCCAGGAUGAGCGCGAGUGCAUGAUCGACCUCAGCGAGUUCAUGAACCCCUCGCCCUACACCGUGCCUCAGGAGGCGUCUCUGCCACGGGUGUUCAAGCUUUUCCGAGCCCUGGGGCUGCGGCACUUGGUGGUUGUGGACAAUCGUAAUGAGGUGGUGGGCAUGGUUACCCGCAAGGACCUCGCCAGGUACCGGCUGGGGAAAGAAGGCCUGGAGGAGCUCUCGCUAGCACAGACGUGAUGUGGGGCAGUGCUGCCCAGCAGAGACGUGCCCCAGGACCCCCCUUUUGUGGGAGGCGGGGAGAGGACUGAGCCAGCCUGUGCAGGCAUUGUGGUGCCCGGAGCACCGGCACGGCCAUGCUGCCCCGGCUUUCCUGCCCGUUGCUGCCUUCCCCUGUCUACUGCCUCCUCUUCUCACCCCUUCCUCUGCUUCCCCGAGGGAUCAAAAUGCAUCCUUGGCUCAGUCAGCUCCUGGCGUAGGCUCUCCCUGAGGGCUGGGUGAAGGUUGGAGGGUGCCGGUGGAGCAGAAGUGCCCUGCUGAGCUGGGCACAGUCCCUUUGCCAUGGCACAUGGCCUCCAUCGCCUCAACCACCCAGCCUGGGCUGUCUGGGACCUGCCCCUGCUGCAAGGCCUGUGUGGGGCACGGAGGGGACAUGGUGGGGCCCCCUCCUGCCCCCAGGGCCCUGUCCCCCCUGCCCUGUGCUCCGCUGGCUGGGUCGGGCUGAGCCCUGAGGCAGGUCCUUGCACCUCUGCCCCUCUGGCCAGAGCAGGAGGCUGUGCCCUGCUCGGCUGUGAAUAAAAGGGCGCCGGUGUUUCAGCAGCUGCCGCCUCUUGCUCUUUCUUGGCUCUCUUGGCCACUCUGACCCUAGCCCCUCUGUGUGCGGAGACACCCCUGGGGUUCAGGGCAGGGAUGGGGGGGGAAGAGCUGCCUGCUCUGGGGCAGUGCAGGUCCUGCAGCCUGUGUCCCUGGUGCAUGCCCCUCUGCCACUCCUGUCCACUUCCCAUCAUUGCUGCUGCUGCCUCUGCCUGUGCUGGGGUCCAGAGUCACCCUGGGUGUGCUUCUGCACUUGCUGUGGCUUCUUCUGGCCUUUUCCAGCAGCCCAGGUCCUGGCAGGUACCCCAAACCCAGCUCUGGAUCUGGCCAGGGAGAGGGGGCAGAGCCUGCACUCCCCUGGGUGAUGAGGAGGGCUCCAGCCCUGGCACCUCAGCUCCCCCAUCUCCUACCACCCUUGCCCCUCGCCUUGGCAUUGCCCUGGG